ACAAUAUAUAUUGUCUGAGAGGCCAAACUUUUAUCAAAUCACGUGAACCAAUCCUUCACUCUGAUCAUCAGCAUCGGUGGUUUAGUGGUAAAAUUAGCCGUUGCCAUCCACCUUGGACAGUUUCGGCUAGCCCCGGGUUCGAUUCCCGGCCGAUGCAACACUCGCUUUCUUUUUGCUGUCAUCGCUUUGUGUAGCACAAUAAUUUUUGCUCUUGUACUCUCUCGAUUACAGCAGGUUAUAACCAGUACGUUGCAAAGAGCGCGCUUGGGACUGUGGCCGACGCGAUCUAUAAGCUGGUUCGCACUAGAUAGCUUUACAGCUCGUUGUAUUAACGCGCUUUCCUUUGAGUAGCAAGCACGGGGUGGACCGAAAAGCGAUAUAGCUUGUGCAACAUACCUAUCACCAUGGCGUAUAGCGAUACCAGCCCUCUUCUUCGCCUGCCCCGCGAACUGCGUGAUCGGAUCUACACAUACGCCCUUCACGAGUCAGACGGCCUCAUUUUCCAUCGCGAAGAUGACUACAAAGCAUACUUCUGUACCGAUUGGCGCCAACCACGGGAAGCCAAUCAGCUUAAGUACACCUGCUGGCAGCUUCGCUCGGAGACACUCAAAGUCGAAUGGCAGCUAAACGACCUCGUCUUUCUGUCCCACGGAAGUCGACGCGGCAGGUUCCUCGGAAAACACCCCGCUGCACAGCUCCUAGGCUUCUUGGAUAUGUGCAGCGAAGUUUGGAGACAGCGAGUCCGUCGCAUCGUCCUGUUAGCUCAAGAAGAUAUGGGGGGCAACGACAGUAUAGCAAAGCUACAUCACCAUGUCCAUGAUCUAAACCUAGUCGCCCUCACCUGUGAGAACUACCCUCUCAUAACUGUGAGAUGGCAUCUCAAUCUCGGACAGGAGUCGCUGAGCGAUAUGAUCAUGUACGGGCUCGUAGUAGUACUAGGCCUUCGUGGUAAUGCCGUCGCCGUAGUGAAUCUUCUCAAAGAGCUGGGAAUGAAACCCGAGUUUGUCAGAAUGGGAUCAUUCUUCCAGUCUUGGUGUCGCGAAUGGAGGCGCUGCUGUGGAUUCAACGCGUACGAGAACGUACUUCCAGUGCGAAAUAUGCGUAUCGUUCCUUUCGGUGAGAUAAUAGACGCGGAAGAGCUUCGCAUGAAGAUGGGCUGGCGCAAUGCUGGAGAUGAACCCACUCACUGGGAUGCUCCAGGUGUUGCUGGUGCUCAUUUCUUUGAGGAACGUCUUACUCUUGCGAAAGAAUGGGCAAGAGAUGGGUUCUAGAAGGGCGGCAAAGCGUUGUUGUCGAUUGUUCCGCGCUUUAUCGUAGUCCUUCGUCAAGGCUUCGGCACUCAACGAUAUCUUGAAGAUCCAGAUAGCUCGUCGUUUGCUAACCCAGAAUAUGAAAUCUUCCUAGUCUUGGUUGCGGCUCUUGGAUCAGUCUAGCUUUCCGGAGG